AAAAAUGUGUUAUAAUCGUGAUGACAUAAAAUCAAAUUACCGUUAUUAAAUAGUUUUAAGGAAAUUCUUGCACAAAAGAGAAGGAUUUUUCUAUCCGAACGCUCGUAUCUACUGUUACUAUUAAAUUAAAAAAAACGAGUGAUAACAACACUUUUUAUUGUGUACAUAUUUUUUUUUGUUUCAAUUUGGAAGAAAACAUUUGUUUAACGGUUUAUUUUGUUUUGCAUUAUUUUUGGAACAAACAGUGUUGUUGUGAGAAAGGAAUGACAGCCAGCCUGUUUGUACGAGUGUGUGUUUUUAGUGAAAAUUUAUAUUUGAAGAGAGAAACCGUAGAACGAAUUUUGGAAUUGAUUAACAAAAUACGGACAAAAAAAUAAAACGAAAAUGAACAGAACAAUGAAAACAGUGAAAGUAAAGAACUUCUAAAGAAAACAAGUCCAUACAUUUACGAGGCAACAUAAAAACACCAGCAAAGGCACCAACAACAAUAGCUCAAAAAAUAAAAUACAGUAGAGUGUAGUUAUUUUUGUACUAAAUCAGAAAGAAAUCAUUCUUUUGGAAAUGAAAUUAGUAAAUAAAAACUUUACAAAUAGUUUAAUAUCAUUAAAAAAGUGAAAGCAAACACAAAUUUUGUAAAUAAAAACAACUAAAACAAUUAAAAAAAAGUCAAAAAAAAAGCCUCUUAACCAAUCGUAAUUUCCAACCAACAAUCAUUGAAAAUUUUCUAUAGUGUCUGAAAAAGAAAAAUGUAAUCUUCAUGAAUUGACAUGGAAAAAUUAAUACAUCACACGUCCAAAUAUAAAUUUUUUGGGAUUUUUUCCUAAAAAAUUUCAUAGUUACUUUAUAUUAACAAAAAACCCAAAAUUAAAAAAAUUUAAUGAAACAAAAUACAAAACAUAAACGAAAAUUAUGAAAUAAAGAAAAAAAUAUGAAUGAAUAAAAAAUAAAUAUAUAUAAAAACGAAAAGAAAACACACCGCACACACUGUGAGUGGUGCGUAUCAAUCAAGUGAAAUAAUGGAAAAAAUAUUUUGAGUGAAAAGUGAUUAAUUUAAAUUUUAUAAAAAAUACUUACCUAUUUAAUGUACUAAAGAAAUUAAUUAAAAAUGUUGAAUAACAAACAACAAGUAAAAGGACAGUAAUAACAAAAAAAAGAGCAAAAAUAAAUAAAAUAUACUAAAUUUUUUAAGCGCCAUUUCUUGUAUUGCCACCCAUUGUUGCUUAAAUGCAGAACCAAACUACACUUCACACCUAAACUUUAAUAGCCUUGUAUGGGCGCCAAAACUCCCUAAGGAUAUUUUAACAACGUAUUUUUAUUUUUUUUUUGUUUAUAACAAUAUCAAGCAGGCACACUUAUCCAUACACAUGUAUAAUAAAGGCAAUAAUCGAGGAGGCCAAAAAGAACAGCAAUAACAACAAUAGAAGCAGCCGUCGUCGCUCUAUUAAGUAUUGUCUAUGGACCUUUUAACUGCUCGUACAGUGUGUUCAACCUAAAUUCUUUAAACACUCCUUUUAUAAAAUUAAAUUGCAUUAAAUAGCAAAACCGAAUAAGCCACAUAAACAACAAAGGUUAAUAAUAAACAAAAGUAAUACAACAACUACAAGUAAAAAAUCCUUUUUAAAAGUUUACCUCUACAUCAUAGAAGACAAAGAAAAAAACAGCAAAAAUAAAGCCUUCAAAACGGUGACAAUACUCGAUUCUUUUAGUUGCUCUUGCUCCCUGCAUCCUCCGGUGGACGAGUGAAAACGAAAAUCAUGAAUGCCAGUCUUAUGUAUGAGAUUCUCAUGUAUUUAAAUUCAUUUUAUUUCGGACUGUAUGCCGCAUUCAAAGUAUGUAUCAGUGUGUUGAAGCCCAUCUACUUGCAAUAUGCAGAGAAUGUUUUGACACGUGAGGCGAGUAUUUUAUUGGCCAUGUGUAUUUUGGAAACCAUACGCAUCAUAUUGGGUCGACGGAGUAGUUUAAGUGAUCGUGCUUGGCAAGCGAUAGCAUCUGUAAUAUUAACACUGCCCAGUCUUGCUAUUGUUAUUUAUUUAUGUUGUUUUCAAACCUAUGUUCUCAAACUUGAAAUUAUUAUGAGUGCCUUAAUGAUAGCCCUACAAGGUGCUGAACUAGUGUUUGCCUGUAUAUUUAUUUGUACCAUGUGUCGUCCGGUCACAUAUACCUAGCAGUUGAUUAUGUCAACGUCACCAACAACAUUAUCGUCGUCAACGUCUUCAUUAUCAUCAGCAGCAUCUGAAAUUUUAUCAUCAACAUCAUCGUCAUUAUCAAUUACGGAGGACUAUUUCUACUAUGUUUUCUUCUUCAUUAUCCUGGAACAACAAUCGAAACUGCUACGUAAAUAUUGUCACAACAAUAAAAACAACAACUAUUACUACUAUUGCAUCGUUAACAUUUGUAAUAUAACCGUUAAAAAUAAUUGCAACAACAACAACAACUACAAUAAUAAUAACUACAACAAUCCAUAUAUAAAUUAUGAAAAUUUUAAAAUCAACAACAACUACGACUAUAAUAAAACUUUAAACACUUUCGAUAAACGCGAUAAACCAAGAAGUUGAAGUUAAAAAACUGUGUAAAAAGUGAUUUUUCGGCAUAAAAAAACUCCUUCCUUUAAACAAUUUCUUAUUGAAAGAAAAGCCAAAGUAUGUGUUAAUGUAAAAAAUCAAAAAAAGAAAAAAACCGUUAAAUUUCACUAUAAGAUGAAAAAUAUACUAAAACGAAUUCUUCCUCACACCUGCACACACUUAAUUAAAUUUGUCAAUAGAUUUUAUACUUGUGUGUAUGUGAGUGAUGUAAUAAUUAAUUAAAACAACAAUAAUAUGUACAUUUUUCUCUCGCAAAUAUUGAAUUAAUAUGGAUAAGUCAAGUUCUUUUUUAAAUGUAAG